UUAUUAUUAUUUAGCCGGGUCUUAAAUAAAGUGAAAAUAAUUUAGAUAUUGUAAAGAAGAAUAUAUUAUGGCAGUACCAGCGGAAAGUAUUAUUAAUUCCAAUAUGAACGAUCCGGUAACUAAAGCAGUUGUCGACAAUAUCAUGGGUAAUUUGCCAACGAAGAAACCUCAUGUACGUUGCAAUGAUUGCGACUUAUCAUUUACUAGCCAAACAGUAUUAGAUACACAUUUGCAAGGCUCACGUCAUGCCAAACAGAUAAGGUCGAAAAAUAUAAUGGCAUCGCUGGAAGAAACUAAAGUUGCAUUUACCAAGGACGCCGACACUAAUGGGCUUAAAUGUAACGUUUGUAAUGUCUGCCUAAACUCCAUACAACAACUACAAACGCAUUUAAAUGGAAGUCGACACAAGAAAAAGGCAUUGAGAGGUGGUUGGUUCGGAAAAGAAGUUGUCACACAAGGUAGUUCAUUGGUUGCUCCUGCAAUCAACAUACAGGAUUCUGGUCCUAUGAAGGCCGUCUCACUGUCAUGUGAUAUAUGCAACAAAUUUUUCAACUCUCCUUCGCAAUACAAUGUGCACAUGAAAUCCAAGAAGCACACUGGCAAAAUGAAGAGAGCUAAGACUCAAAAAAAGAAACGAUUUUCUCCAUAUUGGAAAAAACCGAAAUCCGAUACAAACUCGACCACCGUACAAUCAUUGUCAAAUAAUUUUGUACCGGGUGGCUUUACGAAUCAAACAUAGUGCUAAGAAUUUUUGUUUCAUUCGUAAGGAUAUUAUCUUUUCUUCUUUUUUCUUUUCUUCCCACUCAGGAAGAAUAUAUAUAUAUACAUAUAUAUAUAUAUAUUUAUAUAUAUAUAAACACGCAUAGAAAGAGAGGAAGACAAACACCACUCGCAUAGGAAUACUUUGCGUGUUUUUAUAUAACUCUAAUUGAGUAUAAGAAAAAGAAGAUAAGAACUUGUACAUUGCGUUAACAUAAACGAAUUGAUUUAUGGUACUGAUGAUGAUAUUUAAUUAAGAAUCUUAUCUGGUCCAUUUAUUAUUAUUAAUAUUACUUAUUA